AGGGUCCGACGAUAAAUCUUAGCGAUAAAUAAAACGUGUAAAAUUAAUAAUAUUUUCAUUGUGUGAUGGCCCGGGCGUAGUUUUUGUUAAAGUGCGUUUUUUGCGAACUUCGGGGAAAUUGUUUAAUCAUAAAUUAAGUGAACUGCGUUAAGCGGAGCUGUAAGAAGCGCGCGUGCCGGUUGUACCCAAAAGUGUUCAGUGGCCAGCUCCUGGUGGCUUGGAAAAAUCCGCGAAUGCGGCAAACGAAAAGUGCAGAGUAAAUAGAAAUUCGAAAAUUUGAAAAUUGUUGAAAUAAAUAUCAAACAGAACGGUUAACGUUGGCAGAAAAAGAGUUAAGCGAAACCUGGUUCUGGUUCUGGUUUGGUCUCGGUAUCGUGUUCGGGAGUGCCGAGUUUUCCGACCCCGCGAGACGAGGGUGGAAAACGCGUGAAAAGCGUGAAAAGAAAGGAAAACGGCAGGCAAGGCGUUGUGCGUGUGUGAGCCUGCGAAUAAUGUGAAUAAAUAAAAGACGUUGCCAGAAGGAAAAGACGCAGUGAAAACCCCUCGGAAGCACGGAAUGUCCGAUCUACCAUGGUCUUUCGGGGAUCGGGAUGAGGAGUAGCUACUGCAGAAUCCAGUUUCUGGCUGCUGUGAGGCAAGGCGUCUCGUCAGGAUUGAAGUCGAAUCGAACCGAAAACCACCGCCGCCACCACCACCAUUAAAAACAACAACAUCAACCAUAAAAACAACAACAGAAAAGCGGAGCCAAAAAUCUUGGCCCUUUCCUGGCAUCGCUGCACCCGCCGCCGACACCGACACCGACACCGCCUGGUUAUUCCUGUUUGACUUCAUUUUCACUCGUCUCGCUGCCAAAUCGGCGCUACUUUCGCCACAAAAGAUUUAAACACAAUUUUCGGAAGGCAAGAUGUCGACGCGCUCGCAAUUAACCAAGGACUUGAACGAAAGUGUCAAAUCGAUUCUGGGACGCCACACAAAGAUACUCGUCAAGUAUAUGGUCAAAUUGGAAACGAAAGGCGAUAAGACGGAGAAUCGUGUUUUGGUCUUUACUCCCGUGCGGGUUUACUUGCUGAAUGCCAAAGUGCCAACGAAGAUCGAAUGCCAUUUCCACUAUCUGGACAUUGUGGGGGUCGAGAGCAAGAAGUCCACCCACUUUUCCAUUGUGACCAACGAUCGGCCAUACUCGUUUGCCACCACCGGCGAUGCGGGCAAUUUCAGCUCGAACGCUGAUGUCAUUCUAACCGAUUUGGCCUCAGCCAUCAAGCAGAUAUUUCCAACAGUUCCUCUAAAAUACAUCAUCCGCAAGAUCGAUAUACAGCCCCCGGAACGGGAGACAAUUUUCUCCGAGGAAUUCCGACCCUCCGAUCCGCGGAAUGUGGGACCCUGCGGUGGCUUCAGCGCCCAGUACGCCUGCAUGUGCGACUUCCAUGGGGUGCCGUACCGCGAGGAGGUGGCCUGGGAUGUGGACACCAUCUAUCUGUCCCACGACACGCGAGUCCUCAACCUGCGCGACUUUGACCACUUGGAACCGAAAGACUUGAUGGCCAUCGUUUCGGCGCUGGAGUACAAUACGUUUUUUCGUGGCCUAAAGGCCGCCCACAUGCGUCUCUCCCACGAAACCCUGGAACGCAUCCUGCACGUGCUCAAGCGCUCGAUGUGGCUGGAGGAGCUGCAUCUGGAGGCGUUAGGCUUAAGAUGGGAUUUCCUGAACAAGUUAUCUAUAUCUGUGAUAACGAAUAGCAAUCCCGCCAUUCGCACCAUCGAUCUGAGCCACAAUAUAAUUGAGGACAAAGGUGCAAGCUCGUUGUGCGCCCUACUUGGAAAGAUUGUACAAGGUGCCAUACAUCUGGCCGGACCCAUAGCCAAGGUGUCGAAGGGUCUGUGCAAGCUGGCCCUGGCCCACUGCGGCCUCACCUCGAAGGGCGUCAACCAGAUGUCGCACUCACUGACGCUCAAUCAAAGUAUUUCGAACUCGCUCACGUAUCUAGACCUUAGUGGUAAUAGUCUCAAAGAUGAUUUAACCAAUCUGCACAAUUUCCUGGCUCAACCCAAUGUGCUGGAGCACCUGGACCUGGCCUCGACUGACAUCAUGCUGGAGAAUCUGUUUGGAGCUCUGUUGCGCGGCUGUGCCACGCAUCUGGCCCACCUGAAUGUCUCGCACAACUCGUUCAGCACGAAGAAGGGCAAGGAGAUACCGCCCUCGUUCAAGCAGUUCUUCACCAGCACAUUGAGCCUCAAGCAUCUGAACAUCGCCGGCUGCAAGCUGCCCAUGGAGGCGCUCAAGAACCUGCUGCUCGGCCUGGCCUGCAACGAGUCCACGGCGGGCCUCUACCUGGACCUCAGCAGCAAUACGCUGGGCACCCAAGGCGCCCACGUAAUCGAGUCCUGCAUACACGGCGUACGUGUGCUCCAGAGCCUGGACAUCAGCGACAACAAUCUAGAUGCAGAGCUCGCGCCCGUGCUGACGGCCAUCUCGAAGAACCCCUCGAUUCGAACGCUCCACCUGUGCCGCAGUCUGACGGGCAUGAAGCCGAAGCACAUACCCCCUGUGAUGGACGCCCUGGUGAACCUCAUCCAGAAGGACGAUUUCCCGCUGGCCGAGCUGGUGUUGUCGGAGAACAAACUCAAGCACGACCUGCACGACUUCAUCAACGCCCUCGGCAGCAACCAGAGUCUCCAGAAGCUGGACAUCAGCGGCAACUUCAUGGGCGACGUGGGCGCCCGGCUACUCGCCAAGGCGCUGCAGAUCAACAAUCGCCUGCGCACCAUCUACAUGGACAAGAACGGGGUCACGCUGCAGGGGUACGCGGACAUUGUGUACGCGUUGGAGCACAACCACAGCAUGCGCACCAUCCCCUUUCCGGUGUUCGAUAUUGCGCCGCACCUCAAGAACCAUCCGGACAAGACGGACGCCGUCAUGCGCAAGAUGCAGGAGCUGCUGCAGCGCAACUGCAAUGGUCUGCAGCGGACCAAUGGUCAGGGCUUUCGGCUGCAGCACGGCUUCAUGCUCUCCUCCACCCACCAGCUGGUGGACAAACUCGUGGCCGAGACGCAGGACACCAUCUCGAUAGCCAAGGGCGGGGGCGGAGACUCGGCUGCCUCUGCCGUCCAGCGGCUGAUCACCGACGCCGAGAACUGCAAGCAGCUGAUGCCCAAGCUCCAGGAGGCCGUGCGCAGCGAUGCCCAUCCCAUCGAGAUGAAGCUGACGCGAGUGGCCAGCGAGCUGGGCUACACGAUCAAGAGCUACCUCGAGGAGACCCUAGAGACCAUGAUACGCACCGGCAUCGAGCAGUGCCCCAAAACCCUGGGCAAUCAGAUUGUGAUCCAAGAUCUGCGCAAGGCGCUCGCCGAGCGACUGGUGGUCCCCGAAGACUUUCUACAACAAUGCCUCCUCAACAAUGCCGGCAGCGAGAUAAUGAACAAAGUUGGUGAGAUUGAGCAGACGCUGGCCGCCGCCAUCUCGGACCGGGCAACGGAUGAGGUGCUGGAGGCAUUGACCCGCUAUCGCCGGGGCAUGGGCAUCGCCGAGUCGCCGUCGGUGCUGCUGGAUGAGCCCCAGACGCCGGACAUUGUACGCAGUCGCUCCAGUCAUGAUGCGGACGGGCUGAUCAUACGCCCGGGCGGACGCGGCUCGAUACUGCCCAAGCUGGGCCUGGAAUCGCCCACUAAAUUGGAAUAUCUCAACCUUGCCACUCCCCAUCUGCCCACCAAGCGGCGCAGCGUUGCCCGAAAGGUUCGUCCCCAGUCGGUCGUGGAGAAUCUCAGUCUGAGCCACAUACCGGAUCUGCUGGAGUCCCCCUCCUCGCAUCGCUCCAACUCCCAGCUGUCGACCCGCGGUGCAGCUGCCGGUGCCGCCGCCUUGGCCGCUGCCAGCAACAUGACGGACAGCAUCGCGGCCAUGGACGAUGGCGGCGUCGACGAGUGCUGCGACUCCAUCACCGAGCUGCCCAGCGCCUCGUUCCAGCUGCAGCACCUGGUCAAGGGACGACCGAAGCGGGCCAAGACGCGGGCCCCGACCCGGCCGUUGGUCAGCGCGGAGUGUGCCGGUGGCGGCAGGGAGAUUGGCGAGGGACUGGAGCACUUCUUUCGUCCGGGAUCGGUGACACCCACCACACUGACGCCCCUCGUCUCGCCCACGUCGGAGGAGUGCAGCUCGCUGUCGUUUGUCGACAGCCCCACCAUGAGCCGCGAUGGCAACGGACACAUGACCUCCGAGGAGACCACGCCCAUCCUGGAGGAGCGCCGACCAAUCAAAUUAGAGCGCCAAUCGCCCCUCCUCAAGAGUGCCUCCUGGGCCACCCGGUCGCGCUCCACGGACAACCUCGAGAAGUAUUCGCCGCUGGUGGGACGCAAAUCGCCGCUGGUCAAGAUGCGCACCGAGGGUGGGCCGGGCUCGGGUGCUGCCAUGGAAGAGGGAGCCACAUCCGGAUUGCUCAAAGCGGGCAACCGCGAUGACAAGAUGCGCUCGCCGAGCAGCGAUUCGAUCAAGAGCCACGCCACCAGCGGCGAGGGAAGCGUGAUAGUGAAAACGGGCAACGGAAUCCUGCGCACGCCCAUUGUGCUGCAGAAGCCGCGUCCCUGGUCUGUGGUGGGCAGCGAGCCCAAGUCCAGCGAUCUGGUCACUGGAAACGGUACCGCCGAGUCCAACAAGACGACGCCGGACAAACUGCAGGAAGAUGUUGAGGUGCUGACCUUUGGCCAGAGCACCGGCGGCUCGAUAGUGGGUAUCACACCGGGCAUAGCCAUAGCAGGGGGCGGCAGUGGCGGGGGCAGCAUUGUGGGCAUUACACCAGGAGCUGCUCUUGAGAAGAAGUCUGUGCGCGAGCUGGCGGCAGGCCUUAGUCGAUUGGAACUCCCCAUGAAACCGCCCGUUAUGCCCAGAACCCUCCUGAACACAGCAGGUGGGCGCACGAGCAAUGCAUCUUCCACCUCCUCGAACUCAUCAUUGUCGUCCUCCACCAGUGGCGGUGGGACCACAACUACUACAACAACGACUACAGUAUUAAAUACCCAGAACCAGGCGCGCUCAAGGAUUGUGAGCACCACGAGCAGCAACAGCGAGAGCCAGGAGACGCUGAGCAAGAUCACCAUCACAGAGCACGGCGGCAGCAGUCAGUCCAUCAGCCACUCGAGCACCACCGAGAAGAAGCACGCCAUGGCCUGCGCCAGCCUCAUCAGCAAUGAGAUCCUGAGCAUGCGCAACGGUCAGCUGAGCGGCAAGUCGGGCAGCUGUGCGGAGAGCGGCGGCAUCAAGCGCAUCGCUGGCAAGGAGAUCUCAACGCUAUUCGAGGAGACAUUAGCUGAAGACCUGCAGCGCACCACCUCGACACGACGCAUGUUUAGAGAGACUACGCCCUACACAAAGGAGGAUGUCGUUGAUUUAUAAGUUUUCUAGUUAUAUGCUCAACAUUCCUUUAGAUCGUCCCUGGCCCACCCUAACUCCGACCCCGCCCCAUCCCAUCCGAGAGCCGGCCACAGUUUUGUGUGAUCGAUCGAUCCAAAGGGAUGAAUAGAUGAUGAUAUGAUGAUAUGUUUAAGACGAGAAGAUAUGUAGAGACGGUAACGGAAACGAGGUUGCAACUUAUUCGUACUGAACCAUUAAUUUAUGUGCAAUGGCGCGUGUGUAUUGUUUUCCUUUGGCAAUUUUGUGGAAUGAACGUGAUUUAUUUAUUGAUAUACAUACCUACUAUAUAACCUACAUUUUAUCCAAAUUAACCUUUGCAUAUUUAUAAAGAUGUUUUUGUGUACUAUAUUUUAUAUUUUAUGUAUUUUAAAUGAUUUAAGUGCCAAUUAUAUACAGAACUAAAAGAAAUCUAUUUUUAGCGCGUGCUAUUAAACAAUUUCAAUGAAACUAACGAAGGAGCGCAAUGAAUAUGAUAUGAUAUGUAUCUAUGAAUGAGAGAUAUGGAGAGAAUAGACGAUGUAUACACUUUAUGUAGAUCGAUUGCGUGCAUACGAACUAUUUUAAUGGCCUACACCUAAACAAAUCGAAAUGAAAUACAAUAUUUUUUAUAACUGCUUCCAAAUACACGUAUUUAUCGUUUAUUA